AUGGGCUGCUUGGAGCUGAACGUGCUUCAGCAAGGAGUGAGGAUCGUGACUCCAUUUUCUGGUAUAUCCGCCUUUUGCAUAGCCCUUACCAUUCGGCAAGGGUGUGUUGGGGAUUUGAGGUAUCGGCAAGGGUGUUUGGAGCACACAAUCAAGCUGUGGUGGUUUCGUCAAGGAAAAAAAGUUUCGUGGGUUGUCCACUUGCUGCACUGCCCUUGCUGUUCGGAAAGGGUGAUAGAAGAAGUUUCGUGGGUUAGGCCGUCGUCUCGAUCAACUAGGAGGGAUCCCGACAGCACUGGUUCGGCAAGGGCAGCUCGAACCAAGUACAGCUUGAAGGUUAGUCAUGGUGAAGGCUCGGGUCUGAGCACCUUCUUAGCCCCUGCACAACCCUUAGGGUGUCUUGAUCAGUAG